UUGAACUGAUAACAAAAAUAUGCCACCAUACAUCCCACUUAUCAUAGAUGAAAAAAUCAUGGCCUAUUCUGACGUACGUGAUCUCGAGUGGCCAAAUUAUGAAGAUUUGUACCUUCCAAAACUGGUACCAUUCUUAAGAGAUGCAAAACAAGCUCUUCAGUACAUAAAAGACCUACAAUUAGGAAAGGAUGCAAUAAUUCUAGCAACAUAUCCUAGGUCAGGGACGCAUUGGAUAUGGGAGAUAACUGGGAUGCUACUCAAGGGAAAAGCGGAGUAUUCUAAAGUGUCCAGAGAACAAGUUUUCGUGGAGGGAUUGUCUGAUAUGAGUCAGAUGCAGUCUUAUAAUGGCGUCAUUAGCACCCAUGUUCCAUUUGAAUGGCUCCCAAAACAACACGUGGAUAACGGCGGGAAAAUAAUAUACGUUGUGCGGAACCCUAAAGACACCGCUGUUUCUAUACAUAGUUUCUUAUGCUCAAUCGGAUUGAUAAGAAGCAACACAUUUGAGGAAUUCAUUCACGAACUUUACUUGGGACGAAAGGCAAUGUAUGGAGGAUGGUUUGAGUACAACAAGAGUUUCAUACAAGAGGCUCGUCGGCGGGAUCAAAUUUUGAUGCUUAGUUAUGAGAAACUAAAAAGAAACACAGAGGCAGAGAUUCGAAGGUUAGCUAGCUUCUUGGGUGUAAAAUGUACGGAAGGACUUAUCACAGAGAUAUCUGAGCUGACUUCCUUUAGCAAACUUCAGCAAGCAGACAAGAGUGUCAGGGAAGAUAAAAAGAUGGCAGAUAUAAUGAAGGAACUGCAACUAAAUGAAGCUCCUACAGUAUAUCGAAAAGGUGAAAUAGGAGACUGGAAGAACUAUUUCACAGUGGCGCUGAAUGAAGAAUUCGACAAAGCUUACGCAGAGAGAAUGAAUGACGUCGACCUCCAAAUAGAAUUUGAAUAGCAUAAUUAUGAAGCUAUCACUUUUUAUUAUUGUUUAUCAUUUCUAUUAUUGUUUUUAGGUACGUGUUGUUACUGAGUAUUUAGUGAUAGUCUUUUGGAAAUGAUAUUCAUUUAUUCCUUGUUUUAUGUCAAAUAUAUGGAAAAAAGUUUAUAUACUCAAAAAUUAAUAAUGAUGGUGUUUGUAGCAUGAUCGGUAGCGCGUUGGACUGAAGUUCUCGGGAUCGGGACUUCGAUCCCAACCGUGGGUGCCAACAGGUAUUCUCUAGAAAAGACAGCCGUGCACUAUUUCGGAAUAGUAUACUUACGCUAUUUAAAUAUCUUUUAUAUUAUACGAAAAUAGUUGGGUAUUGAUUAUAUAGAGUCAAACUGACAGGAGCAUGAUAAUAAAAAAACUUCACUGAAUGUACAUAGUGCACACGUACAGCAUUAUCCAAAUAAAAACAUAGAUGCUACGAAAAUAAUUUAACUGUGUAUUAGUUGAAAUGCAAUUUCUAAUUCAAGUGGCACCUUUUCUAAUUUGAAAUAGAAGAAAGACACAUCACUAGCGGAUGGACUGUAUAACUCGUGAAAUAGAGUGCAAAAACUUUGUCAAAAUGUGUAUCUUUCUCUCACAACAUACCAAAAAACGAAUAACUUUUACAAACUCCUAUUAUUUUAUGCUAUUGUCUUUCAUUAAGUCGACAUUUUACCUUUAAUAAUUUCAAAUAAAUUGUUAUGUAAAAAGGAUUUGCAACCUUAUUUGAUAUUUAGGCCUAAAGGAAACACGUUUUGGGCAUAGUAUAGAACGUUUCCGAAACAAUCACCCAAUAAAACCUUGCCAACCCCACUUACAGUACACAGUAUAUGUGUUUGACACUGACAGUACACAGUAUAUGUGUUUGACACUGACAGUACACAGUAUAUGUUUAGACACUUACAAUAGACAGUAUUUGUUUUAACACUGACAGUACACAGUAUAUGUUUUAACACUGACAGUACACAGCACAUAUAUUUGACACUGACAGUACACAGUACAUAUGUUUGACACUGACAGUACACAGUAUAUAUGUUUGACACAGUACACAGUAUAUGUUUUGACACUGACAGUAUACAGUAUAUGUUUUGACACUGACAGUACACAGUAUUUGUUUUAACAUAGACAGUACACAGUAUUUUUGACACUGACAGUUCACAGUACAUGUAUAUAUGUUUGACACUGACAGUGCACAGUAUUUGUUUAGACACUUACAAUAGACAGUAUUUGUUUAAACACUGACAGUACACAGAAUAUGUUUUAACACUGACAGUUCACAGUACAUAUGUUUGACACUGACAGUACACAGUACAUUUGUUUGACACUGACAGUACACAGUAUAUAUGUUUGACACAGUACACAGUAUAUGUUUUGACACUGACAGUAUACAGUAUAUGUUUUGACACUGACAGUACACAGUAUUUGUUUUAACAUAGACAGUACACAGUAUUUGUUUUAACACUGCCAGUACACAGUAUAUGUUUUAACACUGACAGUAUACAGUAUAUGUAAAUGUUUUGACACUGACAGUACACAGUAUUUGUUUUAACACUGACAGUACACAGUAUUUAUUUUUGACACUGACAGUUCACAGUACAUGUAUAUAUGUUUGACACUGACAGUACACAGUAUAUGUUUUAACACUGACAGUGCACAGUAUUAUUAGUUACAUAGUUUUUUAGUGACAGGGUACGGGAUGAUACCUGGUUAGUAAAUUUCGCCUCGCCAGGUAUGAAAUUUACUAACUAGGUAUCAUCCCGUACCCUGUCACUACAAAACUAUGUAACGAAUUUACCACACCGAUAAAAUAUUUAUGCAUUGUCUGUGGUUUGUAAAAUUGUUUUUCUCACUAUAUAUAUGUUUCAUCACUCAUACAAUGCCUAUUAUGACGUCACGUUGUGUGACGUAAUGUUGUUUUGCGAGUGUUUCGUGCUGUAAUAACGUACUGACAGUUUUGAAGACUUUCAGUAAAGGGAGAAAAAGGUUCCAUCUUCGUUACUUACAUUAGUUAACUGUAACAUUGUCAACAGACACUCCGCAAAUCGCGUGAACUCGAGUUGUUCGAACGUUACAAAAGAACGAUAACUCCGUAUCGACCAUGUAUUGAUUUUCUGUAAUGAUAAUAAACCCUCUUCUCUCUUUC